AUGUCUGACUCUCCUAUUGACCCUGAUCAAUUUACCCGAGCGGGUUCGAUCACCAAAACCUACUACCGAGAUGUCUAUCCAGCCAUUGAGCCGUCUAAGCCGGAAUUCUCCCAGGCGGACAAAGUGUCUAUUAUCACAGGCGCCGGAAGUGGAAUUGGCAGAGCAAUUGCACGAAGCCACGCCCAGUCCGGCGUGAAGAGACUAGUUCUCAUCACCUUGUCCGAGUCGUCUGCAGAAGAAACCAAAAUGGUCGUCCAAGCGGAGUUUCCCUUGGUUGAGAUCCUCACGCUUCCCACCGAUAUUGCGGAUGAGAUGGCCGUGGCUCGGACCUUCGACACCAUCAAAGACAAGUUCGGAAUGGUCCACACUCUAGUCAACAACGCGGGGGUUUUUGCACCUGGUGCCCCCAUUGUGGAGUCAGACUCAGCCACCUGGUGGAGAGACUUUGAGAUCAACGUGCGCGGUACUUACCAUGUCACUGCGGCCUUCUUGCGUUUGACCGCCCAGACGCAGGAGAUCAAGCCCACGGUGGUGAACCUGAUAAGCACACUCACGUUGACGCCUCCGACACUGAGCAGCUACUUCAUUAGCAAAAUGGGCGUGGCCAAGCUGACAGAGUUUAUCACCGCUGAGAACCCCCACGUUACGGCGUAUAGUCUGUCUCCCGGCAUUGUCCUAACGAGUAUGACAUUGGAUUCGUUUAAACCAUUUGCCAAAGACACCGCCGAAUUGACUGGAGCCGUGACGGUGUACCUGGCGGCUAAGCGUCCCGAGUAUCUCAGUGGCCGGCAUCUAUCUGUCAACUGGGAUUUGGAAGAGCUGGAAGCUCGCCAGUCUGAGUUUGCUUCUUCGGAUAAGUUGAAGAUCGGACAAUUUGUUUAA